AUGAACGGCAACUUCAAUCAAUAUAUCAAUAAUUGUGAUAACUUGGAUGAGGAAAUCAGUGUCACGGAUUUUAUCAAAACUUUGAAAAAAGUCGAAUCUUGCGACACUUUGAAUGGAAAAGAGAGGGAUUCAACCAGCUCUUCUUCGUCAACUGACAAAUUGGCCAAAAUUCCGGAUGAUAAGAAAAUCGAUAAAAAGUAAGCUUCAUCUUGUUUUUUCCUAUUCAUUGUCAGAAUUACAAUUUCAGAGCGAGCGCUAAUGAUUUGUUGCAAAAUAUGAGAAAACGUUUUGUUCAUCGUGCAACUGAACCAAUAUUUCAUGCUCUUCCGGAGGCUCAGGUAAGCAGGUGUGUAUUUAAUAUUGUUCUUUGUGAAAUUAGCUCCAGAAUGAUACCAAAUAUUACAUUGAAACUUUUGAAAAUCAAUUGGAAACUAUCGAAAAAAAAGAAAAUGUCUCCUCUCUCUUCAUUUGGCUCCGCCCACUCGCACACAAAACAUAGCAUGCCGCUAUGCCAGCGAGAUGUCUGGCUGUUUGCAUGUUUAUAUGUUGGCGAGUGGGCGGCUCAUAAACUUACCUGGUUGGGGAUACUCCGCGAUCAUCAAGGCGGCGUUCCUAUGGCGAGGCCUAUUCAUUGCACUUUCGAAUGGGCUGACCUGUAUGGCAAUCUCGAGUUGAGAUUCGCCAACAACUAAAUUUUUGCGUAUUGGGUUGCCUUGUGUAACCCUAAAAAUUGUGGGAACAAAUAGAAAAAAAGCAUCAAAGAAUGCUGAGAGAAGUUAUAUAAGUUUUUUAGGAGCAGCGUGGAUGCUCAAGCUGCACCGGUAACGGAGGAAGCCAUGGCGACUGCAGCGAAUGCGUCCGAAGCGACGCCAACAACCAGCGACGUCGCGGCACCGACUUUGUAA